UUCUGCCCCUGGUGGACUUUGACAAGGAGCAGAACUGUUACCUACUAAAGGCUAAAGGCUCUUAAACAGAGUAGGGACUUGCUGUGGCUUUGAGCGCGCAGUUUGCUCAAGUUAUCUCCCUAAGCUUAUCUUCGGAAAAGGCCUUCAGCCUACCAUGUGGUGCUACAUUCUACUCAUCAGUGUGGUUUGGGCUGUAGUCUGGUUCUUCCGCGACCAGAAGAUUUUGAGCAACUUCAAAGACAAAUAUGUUUUCAUCACGGGUUGUGACACGGGUUUUGGGAACAUGCUAGCCAAGAAGCUUGACAAAAAGGGUUUCCACGUGCUGGCAGGCUGCUUGACUCAGAAAGGAGCCGAUAACUUGGACCGCACCAGCUCGUCGAACCUGCGCACCACACUGAUUGACGUCACCAGCUCCGAAAGCAUCUCCAAAGCAGUGGAAUGGGUGAAAGCUGAAGUGGGUCGAAAAGGUCUCUUUGGUCUGGUGAACAAUGCAGGUUUAGGCAGCUCUAUUGGCCCCACGGAAUGGAUGACCGUGGAAGACUACCGCAAAGUCAUGUCUGUUAACACUUUUGGAAUGAUCGAGGUAUCAUUGGCCUUCCUGCCAUUGCUCAAGCGAGCGCGUGGACGAGUAGUCAAUGUUUCCAGCGUCUUGGGGCGGAUUUCAGCCAACGGUGGUGGCUACUGCGUUUCCAAAUACACAGUGGAGGCCUUCUCUGACAGCCUCAGGAGGGACAUGUAUCAUUUUGGGGUAAAAGUCUCCAUUGUAGAGCCAGGCUUUUUCAAAACAGCCAUGACUAAUCUUGAAACGAUAGAGGCCGCUUUGACGCACUACUGGGACCGAAUGACUCCGGAAACCCAGCAGAGCUACGGUGAAGGUUUCUUUCGCAAUUACUUGAAAGUCCAAAAGUUCAUCAUGAACAUCAUCUGCGAUUCUGAUCUCAGCAAAGUGACAAACUGCAUGGAGCACGCCCUUCAAGCUAAGCACCCCCGCUCUCGUUACAGUGCAGGAUGGGAUGCUAAGUUUCUGUGGCUGCCAAUCUCUUAUCUACCUUCCUUUUUGGUGGAUAUUUCCCUGGCUCUCAUCUUACCAAAGCCAGCUCAGCGGAUGCACUAAAAGCUGCUCCCUCAUGAUCAAGCUUGAGGCCUAAAUGUUGGCAGAUAUACUCCUUGAAAGCUAAUGAGAAAUAAAAGGAUUAUUCA